CAUGGCCAAAGCACUCGAUUCAUGCUUGCUUGACUCGGGUAUUGAGAACGUCACUGCUAUUACUAUGGAAGAUGCAAGCUCAAAUGAUAUGGCUAUAGAGUACAUUAGGACAGCUUUGAAAAAUCGGGGUGCGAGCAUUUUACAAGGUAGAUAUCUUCACAUGAGAUGCUCGGCUCAUAUUGUUAAUCUCGUGGUUCAAGAUUGCUUGGAGGCAAUUUCACCUUCUGCCUCUCGUAUCCGUGAUGCUGUGAAAUAUGUUAAAAGCUCCACUUCAAGAAUGAGUACUUUCAACAAAUGUGUGCAAUACAGCAAGGUAGAUAGCACUGAGUUGUUGUGUCUUGAUGUGUGUACCAGAUGGAACUCAACAUAUGUUAUGUUAGAUAGGGCUGAAAGGUUUGAGGAGGCAUUUGAGAGUUUUCUACUUAAAGAUCCUGACUACAAGACAGAGCUGGGGGAGGGUAAUGGGGUUCCACAACACACAGAUUGGAAGCAUGCUCGUAAAUUUACCAAAUUUCUGAAACAUUUGUACAGACUCACAUGUAGAGUUUCAGAAACUAAGGAUGUUAAUUCCCACAUGUUGUUUCGACAUGUUGCUGGUAUAAACCAGCGGUUGAUACGUUUCUGUGACGGCGAUGAUAAUACCUUCAAACCUGUUGCUAUUAAGUUGAAGGAGAAAUACAUUAAGUAUUGGGGGGAUCCUGAAGAGAUGAACAUGUUGAUAUUUGUUGCUGCUAUUCUUGAUCCGAGGAACAAGCAAUCUGAACAUUUGAAGAUACCUGUUUUAUUGACAUAUGGUGAGACUAGAGGUGAACAAGUAUUGAAGAAGGCAAAUCAGACAUUGCACUCUCUUUUUGAAGAAUACAAGUGUAUGUAUGAGCAAGUUGGAAGCCAAGGUGAUGGCUCAGAAACACAACCUAGUUGUAGUAGCAGAUCAAAGGUUAAUUACUUCUUUUCUUUAUGGCAAGAAAAGGAAAGAAAAGCUGCAGCUGCUGCAGCUGCUGCUGAUGGCAGAACUGAAUUAGAGAGGUAUAUUUCUGAAGAGGUUGAAUGUGACGAUGAUGGUUUUGACAUUCUCCUUUGGUGGAAAUAUAGAAGACACCAGUUUCCAAUACUUUCGCGCAUGGCUCGUGAUAUAUUGGCCAUCCACAUGCCAACAGUUUCUUGUGAAUCAGCUUUUAGUACGGGCGGUUGUGUUCUUGACGAUUUUAGAAGCUCGUUGCCUCCUUUGGUGGUGCAAAGUUUGAUAUGUGCACAAGAUUGCGUUCGUCAACCGUCGAAUGGCGCGAAGAGUUGAGUGAAUUCAAGGCAUCGUACUACAAUGCAACUGAUGUUUUGGAACCAGUUCCAACUUCCAAUUUCCAACAACAACCAUCUGCUGACUCAGAGUGGCACUGAUGCUUCAAGAAUGAUCGAAUGGCGCCAUGAAUAUGUGUUGGAACUUUUGUAAUUAUGGCACACGAUAGUUCAGAAUUUGGAUGUGCUAUAUAAUCCUGUAGCGUUGGAGCUGGACUUUUCUUGAACUUAGUUGAAAGUUUGACUCUAAAUCUGUUAUACAUAUA